UCUGAAAGCAUCCAGGGAAUAAGUUCAGCGCAGGCACCGAUGUUAAAAUCUUCAUCGAACUCGUAGCUGCUUUCACUUCCCAAACAAAUGGAAGAAGUUUUAAACAAUUAUUCUUUUUAGUGUGUUUACAAGACUACCUAUUACUCCCUCAUGGUCACAAUGAGUGUAGGUCCUAGGCUGUAGUCAUAAGAUGGAACCACUGAAGCAGUGCCCACCGAAGUCUCUAGAAUGGGGCCAGUCAGCUCGUCUGCUGUCAAGGAAGCCAAUGCACGGGACCCAGUGAGCGCGGUGUUGACCGGCAACCAACAAACAUCAAAGUUCCGACAAUGUCGCUAUCAAGUGCCAUAUUGGUUGUGUGUAGUUUGCUCACUGCAGCACUUUCACAGACCCCUCGGAUUAACACCGAAAUAUCGCAAGUGGUCGCAGUGCAGGGAGAUAACGCCGUCUUGCCAUGCACGAUCCAAGGGCUUGAUGGCUAUAAGGUUCUGUGGAGUAAAGAACGCAAACUUGUCAUGUUUGACCGGAAUCGUAUUGUGGGCGAUACACGGUUCAGUAUGGACAGGCAUCACGUGACAGACUGGAGCCUCCGCAUUUCUGAUGUCAAGAAAGAGGACAGCGGGCGGUACUCGUGUCAGGUCAACACAAACCCCGUUACAGGAAAUGACGUCACACUCAUUGUGCUUGACAAGAACGCGGUUCCCCUCGUCCCAAAGGAGGUGUUGGCCUUGCAAGGCAGUGAGGUGCAGAUCAGGUGUAAGCUCCCCAGCCCGAAUGACAUUGCGACAUGGAGUUACCAGUCCGACUACAGGCGAGACAGCUCCAGACAAAACAUCGCCAACAACAACAAGUUCUCGUUCAGGCAGAGCAAUCUUGCAGACGACCCCGUCAACACGCUGGUCAUCAAGGAUGUCCGUAGCAGUGACGAGGGCCGAUAUUUUUGUCGGGCGCGUGGUGGCGACGAGGCUGAGUCCGUUCUAAAAGUUGUGGGCUCACCACCUCCUCCGUCCAUCGUGGCCAGGGCUGUGUCGCCUAACGAGAUCGCUGUCAGCUGGGAGAGGCCAUCAGGUCAGGGCAUUGACGUCACAGGCUACACCCUGUUUGUGGUGGACGGCGACACUGGCAAGGAAGAGGUGCUGGAGAUAGCACCUACCCGAGAACAGGGUAAAGAAGAGACGUACACUCUUAGAGACCUGACUACAGACACCGUCUACACAAUACAGCUGGCAGCUCGCCUACAGCUGUCACAGUCAGCCAUGCUGGGGGAAAGGUCACCAAAAGUGACUGUGAGGACGCCUCGCUUCGUGCCCAGUCCACCACUCAAUGUCCAAAUCAAGCGUCUGACGGACGAUGCUGCGGAAGUGACGUGGGACCCUUCUGACCAAAGUGUUUCUGGGAAAGUGCUCGGUUAUAACGUAUCAUACACUCCGGUGACCAGCGGCAAACAACAACCUAAACCGAAGACAGUACGGGUAGAAGAAGCCCACAGCAACAGAUGGAAGGCGAGGAUAACAGGACUGACGCCCAAGACCCGCUACUCCGUCAGUGUGACGGCAACGACAAAGAAAACAAGCGGCCAGGCGUCCAAACCCAUCAUCUACCUGCAUAAAACAUUCCCUCCAGAUCUCAGCCUGAAUGGACGAGCACUGAGUGAAAAUUCUGUGCUGCUGACCCUUAAUCACGUGGGCUCUGGGGCGCUGACCAACGCCAAAAUGUUCUACACCGAAGCCUCAGAACCAUCCUGGAAGCGCCUGGACAUGUCCCCCAAUUCUUCCUACACAGUGGUUGGUGGUCUUGACCCCGGGAAAAGUUACUUCUUCAAGUUCCAUGCCAAGCUUGGUGGCAAAGUGAAGCAGUCUGUGACCCACGUCACUACCCCUCCUUAUGACCUAAAGGCCCCUCGGGACGUGGAGGUGGAUGCCACAGCGUCUAACAGCAUCAACGUCAAGUGGACGUACCCUCAGGGUGGCGGCGCAGCGCCACUGCCUCUGGGAUACAUCGUGUACGUGGAGGAACACAUCGACGGGGUGGCUUCGGCCAACAGACGACGGAAUCAGCUCGUCGUCUUCAACAGGACGUCGGUGGAGGUCAAAGAGCUUCUCCCGGGAAUGCGCUACAACAUUAUGGUGGCGGCAUUCAAUGGCUUCGGGCAAGGACCCACGACAGAUUCUUUGAUCUUCCGCAUCGCAGAAUCCGACGUGAAACAAGAUUCAGUCAAUCAACCUAUCCCUCCGUCCUUCACACAUCCUCUGCCCAGGAGUAUCAACGUCACCAAGGGCGAGCCGGUUAGAAUCACCUGUGUAGCAGAUGGCUACCCGGUGCCAGAUGUCAUGUGGUUCGACAACGGGGAGCCCAUUGGGGUGCCGGCCCAGGGCAGUAACCAGCUGUAUAUCGCCAAUAUCCGUUCGUCCACAAUGCUCACCUGCAGGGCUUCCUCACAGUACGGCAACAUCGAAGCAUCCACUCGAGUCAACCUUCUGCAAGACAGUCAGGCCCCGCCAGGUGGCCCAUCCUUGAAGCUGAACAUCGAGGACGUGAAGUCCACGACCCUCACGUUAGCGUGGAGCAUCAAUGGAGUCAGUCCGCUUGCCACCACACGACUCCACAUGGACAUCAAGGACAAAGACGGACGAACUCUGCUUUCUCAAUCGCUUCCGGGGCAGACGAGAUCAUUCAACCUGCACACGCUUCAGCCAGGAACUGACUACAUCGCUGAGCUCCGGAUGUUUGAAAGAAACAGAGAAGGACGCGAAGAGAUGCUGGCGCGGGAUAGGAUAGUCAUGAAAACCCUAGCCGCUGAUACAGACAGGACCACACAACCGCCACAGGCACCAGUGCAGGAAGAAGUGGACCGGUACAGGGCCCGACUGCCAUUGACUCUGACGUCAGUGACGCCAACGACUGCGUCUCUGGAAUGGACCAUCGAGGGCAUCAACCCAGCCUACGUUCAAGCACUGGAAUUUAGGGUCAAAGCCAGGUCAAACCUGACAUUGCUGACGCAGUCCAUGGAGCCGGCGAUGCGGACUAUGGAGUUGCAGAGCCUUACACCAGGCUCUCUGUACUACGUUCAGUUACGGGCGUUUGAUGCCCUAGGAGAAGUGUUGGGUCAGUCCGUGAUGCAGGUUAACACACCACGUGAGCCUGGAGCAGAUGAUGAGGAUGGUAGAGAAGGCUCGCCACGGGGCCUGCGACUCACCAUCGCCGCCAAGGGAGUUGAGAGCAAGGCUGCGCUUCUAGACUGGCGACUGUCCGGGGCCUCGACAGACGACCUCAAAGGGUUUCUUCUGAUUAUUAAGGACCCACAGAACAGAACCCUGUUGCGGCAAGAAAUGGCGGCAGAGUCGAGAACUUUGUCUUUAAGCAGACUUACCCCCCGCACACGCUACAUCGCAGAGUUGUAUGCCCUUGAUUCCAGAGGCGCCACGAUAGCUCAGGCGGCGACUUUGCUGACGACGGCGGAUGAAUCAACGGAUUCCGCCGACGACGCGGCGCCACUGAGGGUCUACACCGAGGAGGUCGCCACAGACUCAGUAAAGGUCGCGUGGGAUGUUCCCAGCAAGCUGCAGCCAGAGGUCAGCGUCAUCACGGCAGAGCUGCGGAAUGUGGCCAACUUCACCAUGCUGGCUCACCAGAUGUCGCCUCUCACACGUUCUCUCACAGUGCGCAAUCUGGAGGCUGGGGAGAGGUACAGUGUACGGGUGGAGGUCAAAGGUCAUCAAGGCCAACUUCUCAAGUCGGGAUACCUCGAAUUCGAUUCCCAGGCCACGCCAGGGAUGCCUGGCAGACCGCAGCUCCUCCGAGCAAGGGCUGUGAACAGCAGCGCCGCACAGCUGGACUGGAGGGACACGCCUUCUCCUUCGCCACUUCCGGGCUCCAGCGCCAUCACCGGCUAUUCCGUGACCUUUGCCACAGUCGACUCAGCCAAUCAGCUGACGUCCACCAUGUACCAAAUUCCCAUAUAUGGGUCUGCCAAAUUUGUCGUCAUUCCCAAUUUACGGCCCGGAGAGCGGUACAUGUUCCAGGUGGCAGCAACGGGAGUUACAGCCUCCGGGCCGAGGAGUGCACCCAUGUUCGUAGACUUGCCGAGACAGUAGCAGACGACAGGACAUGCACAUACUGUUUGGCCCGUUGUCCCAGAGUCGGUAGUAAAUCUGCCUAUCCCCAGAGUGUUUUUAAUUACCUAGCUUUCACACCUUGAAUGGUUAAUUUGCUAUCGAUUCAUCGUCAAGACCACAAGUAAGCUAAUUAUUAGCCAAGUUAGUCGAGUUAUUUCUUGGCCAACCUUGGGACUGUAGUCGAGGCCACCGCCAGGUGUCUUCUGUUAGCGAUUUAAUCAAGUAAUAGAGGGGAUCCAUGGCUGUGCUGUCUGGCAGUGUGAUAUUUACACCAGGCAGUAUCAUACAUCACCUCCAAUACAUCAUAUAUCACCUCUAAUGACUUCUCCGCUACUCUUCAAAAGCUUCGCCACACCGUCUCUAUGGCAAUCCACUUGUCCAUUGACGGCUUUGUGGCCAGGCAGACCAGUAGUCAAUGCAAUCUCCUGAUAUGUUCUUUUUGUUGAAUAUAUUCUGAAUAGUACAAUAAAAAUCUUAUUAUUUGAAGAA